CGCCACAAAUGGUUGCCCACAGACAAUAAUGUCCUCGUGAGCUCGGCUAACCAAAAGAGCCGAUUAAAUCGGUUCAUACAUUUUCCCUCGUUCGACCAAGUUGCGAUGAACGAUUAAUUGACAGGCCUCAAUCCGCCCAGCCGUCAAUCGCACUCGCAUAUACAACGCUCAGCCACCACAAAACACGCAGCUCCUAUUCCCACCACGGCCACACCCCACCACAUGAAUUCAACCUCAUCGAACCCUCCGCCUCCACCUCAGUCGGGUGACGGGUCGGGCAAGAAGGUCAGGAAGCCAUACACCAUUACCAAGUCCAGAGAAAGCUGGAGCGAAGAAGAGCACGACAAGUUCCUCGAAGCACUGCAACUGUUUGACCGCGAUUGGAAGAAAAUUGAAGAUUUUGUUGGCUCAAAGACAGUAAUUCAGAUCCGGAGUCAUGCGCAGAAGUACUUUCUAAAGGUUCAGAAGAAUGGAACAGCAGCUCAUGUUCCUCCACCUCGUCCUAAGCGUAAAGCUUCUCAUCCAUAUCCACAGAAGGCACCCAAAAAUGUUUUGGUGCCACUGCAAGCAUCAGUGGCUUAUCCUUCUACUUCUUCGAUGAAUCCUCUUGCACCUGGAUAUCCAACAUGGGAUGAAGCUUCAGUGCUUGUAAACAAUCCAUCAACUGGAGCCAUGCCAUCUGAAAAUGAAUACAAUUUUCUUGCAGUUGAAGCUGAUAUUGGAUCAAAGGGGGCUACCAGGAUUAGUAACAACAGUGUAAGUAGCUUUGGAGGUUCCCCCAGAGCACCGCCAGGUUCCGAGCUAACAAAGCAAGGCAAGCAAGGUUCUGUACUGCACGGUAUUCCAGAUUUUGCUGAAGUCUACAGCUUCAUUGGGAGUGUCUUUGAUCCAGAUCGUAAGGAUCAUGUACAGAAACUCAAGGAGAUGGACCCCAUAAAUUUUGAAACAGUCUUGUUAUUGAUGAGAAACCUUACCAUCAAUUUGUCCAGUCCUGAUUUUGAGCCAAUCAGAGAGGUUCUCUCAUCAUACGACCAGGCCAAAGCAGUAGGGCUUUCCUCUGGUACUGUCAUCAGUGCUGAAUAAGCAUCACUGAUUUAUCAAAAUCAUUAGAAUCCGUUUGUAGUGAGCCCUCUUCUUGCUUGACCACCUCCUCACAACAUUGUCAUCACUAGCUAUGCGGGAGUUAUAUGUUUUUCUCGCCUUCACCAGCACCGCAGAAGAGAAGUCAGCAGUGAGUCUGAAAAGAAGUAAAUAUACACAUGGCAGAUCAGCGGUCUAAACAGUACCUAAGAUGACAAGAAGAUCAUGCAAUCAUCUAAUUUUCUCAGACGAGCACCUGACAUCUGAUUCCCUUGAUAUGUGUCCUGAGGUGGAACAAACCGCCGAUUUUCCCCUGUUGUAGUUCUGGGCCUUCAACCCAGAAAUGAUGACAUUUUGUUUAGAUUUCGAUUUUUUAGUCUCUCAGCUUUCCUACAAAACAUCUAGUUUCAGUUCUGUGCGACAUAUUGUACCAGACUGCUGUAGCUGAUCCAACAUAAAGUUGUACUCCCUCCCUUGUUAAUAACAUGCCAACUCAUUGCUCUGGUUGCUGCCUGUUUCUUCAUGUAGAUAGGGAGAUCUUAAUUCAGUUCUUGGUGUAAAGUUUAGGCAGAGGCUGGAUGCUGGCAAAUGCAGUGAUGCUUGUUUGGUUGCUUUUCUCAGAGCAACUUAGAGAAGCACUGAAUACAUUGUAUUGUUUCCUCUCCGUGGCAAUUUAAAUAGCCUACAACCAUCACUAUA